AUGCAUUAUUACAGAGUACUCCUGCUUGCUAUUAUACUAGAAACUUCAUUUGGUGACAAGUUCAAAGUAUCCCUUCUGGAGCGUGUCGUAUAUCCCAAGCUUCUCGACGCGAGGGGCCUCAACGGAGAAAAAAUUCUGCGUAUCGAAGACGGACUUGUACUGACCUUGGAGAAAAGCGUCGUCCUAGCCGAAGAUUUUGUCGUCAUUCAAGACGAUGGCAGAGAGCAACAUAUGAGCGGUAAGGAGCUGGAGAAGAACCUGUACCACGACAGGCGUCACAUGUCAGCACUUUCGAUAGAAGAGGUGGACGGAGGUUGGGAGGUGAGGGGAGUCUUGAGCGACAAGUUGAGGAUUGAACCAAUGCCAUUGAAGGCGCGUUCUGAAGACGGAAGCAUUGCCCACAAGGUUUCUAAGAUUCAGAAAGAGGGAAAUUACGAGAAUGAUUACAUAGUUGCACCCGAUUUCGUGGCCUCUGAAAGAUCUGAUGAUUCAGAGCAAGAAUUUUCUGUCUUCAUGAAGGUAAAUCUGCGAUACAAACAGCUCAGCGACCCGAAAGUACAGUUCCUCCUCACUGGCGUCGAGUUAAGCGGAGACGACAAACACAUUGUGAACGUGACACGUGAAGAAACGAGCGGUUCGGUCACGCAUAACGUCACGUAUUUUAACGGAGUCUUAACGCUUUUUAAUCUAGCAGCACUCAUUCAAAACAAGACACUGAAAGCUCCUGCAGACCUCCUCCUUGUCGUCACAGGGUUGGACAUGGUAUAUGAUGCCGGAUUAGACAUGGACAUUCAUGGACUAGGCUUCGUUGGAUCUCUUUGUAGUGAACGUCGCGUCCUUGAGGUCGAAGACACGCCAGGAUUGUUCAGUAUGAUCAAAAUCACGGUGCACGAGCUAGGACACUCAUGCGGUAGUGAUCACGAUGGUGGAUAUUUGACUAAUAAUGAGUGUGAUCCCAAAGCAGGAUAUAUUAUGGCCACUUUUCAUGGCCGUGGAAAAGACAGUGUUUUUUCAAUUUGCUCAAAAAGAGAGAUUAGUAAUUUUAUGAAGUCCCUGUCCGAAGAGUGCGUAAACGUGACAUCAAAAAUCAAUCACCUGCAAAAUAUCACAGAGCUUCCGGGAACCGGAAUGAGCAAGUCGGAUUUAUGUAAGAGGCUUUACCCGGAAGGAGGAGACAGUCGUCCGGACGCGGAAGAAUAUCCAGACUGUAAAGCGUAUUGCAGGAAUAAUGACAAUGAGUGGUCUUACGAAAAUCUCUGGGAUGGAAUGGAAUGUGGAGAAGGAAAGAUAUGUCUAGGUGGCGAGUGUGUAGACACUCCACCGCAAUACCUUCCAACGACAGACAAGAAAAAGCAGAGAAAAACCAAAAGCCCAAAGAAGUCUGGAAGCCUAUGA